CUUCUGAGGAGUGACGGCAAGCGUUUUACUCCCAGACAGGUUGCGCAACAUUUAAUGCUCUACCCAGCUCAGGUUACUCCAUACUGGAAUCCCCCAAGGAGCAACAAGGGAAAGAGAGGAAAAAUAAAUGAAAAAAAAAGACACGAAAUGUCACGUCCCCCAAAAAAAUGACAAAUAAGGAACUCUUGGUGUUUAGUACGAGAUGAGGACAUUUUUCCAUCCUACAUUUCAGUGCGGUAUUCUCAGGGGCUCAGCUGCUUAUCUACUCAGCCUGUGGUGACUUGCUUCCCCAGGCUUGGGCGGUGCUCAACCAACAAGUCUGAGCAGUUUUAGAGGAGCUGCGCGCUUCAAGGAGUUAAAUUGCUCCCAGACUGAGCUGCCGACCACAGAGGCACAACAUUACCACAAAGCACUGGAAUUUUGUUACGGAGCGUAAGGAGGAACAACCUGAGAUCUGCUGCGUCUUCUGUUGAGGAUAUCUAUAACUGUUGACUGAUAAGAGUAUUUUCCUCUUUUUGUCUCAGCAAUGGAAAGUUCUAUUCACCCGAGUGACAACUGCACAGCAGAGAACAAGCCUCUGUAUGUGUUCUACUCCGUGGUCAUGAUUGUGGAGUUUGUUUUGGCUCUCCCACUGAACCUCACUGUGAUCUACCUUUUCAUUUUCAAACUGAAGUUCUGGAAGACCAACACCAACAACAUAUUUCUCUUCAACCUCGUCUUGGCUGAUAUUUUACUGCUCAUCUGUUUGCCUGUGAAGGCUUACAGCUUCCAGAUGGGAGAGCGGAGGAGUCAGAAUGAGGUGGUUUGCAAAGCCAUGCUCUUCAUGCUGUUUCUGAACCGAGGCGCCAGCAUUGCCUUCCUCACCGUCAUCUCCAUAGAUCGCUACUUCAACGUGGUGCAUCCUCGGAAGAAGAAUUUCCUGAAGAUACUGAAAAAAUCGCCGCACAUCUCCACCCUUAUCUGGCUCCUACUGCUCCCGUUGACUAUUCCAACUAUGCUAAAGACCUUUGAGUGCUGCAACAGCUUUGGGCGUGAGGAUGAAAAUGUGACUGACAUUUUCAGGGAGAUUGUCUUCUUCACCCAGAUUCUUAUCCCUUUCAUAGUCCUGGUGUUUUGUACAGCACAGAUUGUGAACCGCCUGAACAAGAAGACUGUUGGAGACAGGACAAAGUUGCGUCGGGCAGUGUUCCUGUAUAACUACCACGGACCCUCGCUCCUCACAUGA